AUGCUGCGCAGCCCUCCGCGGCCCCGCUCCGACCCGCCACCGGCCAAGACCCCUUUCCACAUCGACGCGCUGCUGGCCCGGGAGCCGCCGCGCCGCUGCCCCGCCGCCCCCGCCCCGCCGGCCCCGGGCUGGCCCGCGGCGCCACCGACCCCCACCCCGGCCCCGGGCUCCGGAGCCGCGCUGGGGCCGCUGCCGGGCGCCUGGGGCUGCGCCUGGGGCUGGGGUCUGGAGUUGUCUCACUGCAUGGGGCCCAACUCACUGGGACCUGCUGUGCCAUGGAGGUCUGGAGGGCCCUGCAAGAUGAAGAGGGUCCGCACAGUCUUCAAACCAGAGCAGCUGGAGAGGCUGGAACAAGAGUUCCUCAAGCAGCAGUACAUGGUGGGCACAGAGAGAGUAGACCUGGCUGCAACUCUGCAUCUGACAGAGACUCAGGUGAAAGUCUGGUUCCAGAACCGAAGGAUCAAGUGGAGGAAGCAGAGCAUGGAGCAGAAGGCAGCCAAGCUGUCCCAGUUUGGGGUGAUCCAACCUGCCACCGCCGACUCCACAGACAAGAGCCCUGAGGAGGACACCGUGGAUGUGGAGCUUUGA